AUGAGGGUUUGGGAGAGGAUAAGCGACCAUCGUCUGGUGAUUGUUGACGAGGUCGGCAAGGUCAGAUGUUGGAUUGACGCCAGUGAGCCAGGUACAGGGAACUGGAUGAAGUACGUCCGAAGCGCUCCAACGUUUGAGGAGCAGAACAUGGUGGCCGUUCAGAUUGAAAACAAGGUGUACUACAAAGUUAUCCACCCCAUCCCACCUGGUGAAGAGUUGCUGGUCCUGAAAGAAGCUGCUUUUCCUGAUCAAGAAGGGAUUCCAAUCCAACUCAUAGAGGAGAAACGAUUCCAGUGCGGGGAUUGCGAUGAAUUGUUCCGCUCUAAGGUGGCUCUGAGGCGACAUCAGAAAUACGCUUGCAAGAAUUCCAAUGCAAUCUUCACAACACUCAACCAACAAUUCCAACAAGUGCAUGGCGUCAAAUGUGAACCAGAAGACUCUGGAGACGACACAAAAGAGGAAACUGACGAGAAAUCUGGGCCGCACCACGAGGAGGAACAAGAGAGUGGGGAAUACCGAGCAAACCGAGAUUUUCACUGUGAGGAAUGCCCUAAGACCUUCCACUGGAAGUCCAACCUCCAGAGGCAUCAGCAAGAGCAUGACAGCAACCUACAGUUCCCCUGCGAGCACUGCGACAAGGUGUUCUCCGACCCCAGCAACCUGCAGCGGCACAUUCGUACUCAGCACGUCGGGGCCCGCUGCCACGCCUGCCCCGAGUGCGGCAAGACGUUCGCCACCUCCAGCGGGCUGAAGCAGCACACUCACAUUCACAGCAGCAUCAAGCCGUUCAUUUGCGAGGUCUGCCUCAAGUCUUACACGCAGUUCUCCAAUCUGUGUCGACACAAGCGGAUGCACGCCGACUGCCGCACACAGCUCAAAUGCAAUAACUGCAGCCAGAUGUUUGCCACCGUCACCUCUCUAAACAAGCACCGCCGCUUCUGCCAUGGCAACCAGCUCCUCAAUAACCAAAUCCCUGUGAGCCAGUCCACCAGUGUGCCGUCUGUUGUGCGCAACGGCGGAGGUGCUGUGAUGACCCCAAACCCCGCGCUGAUGGGCGUUGGAAUGCUCGGACCCAACGGGCCCCUGCAUCCUGGGAAUUUGGCUCAUCUCUGGAAUCCUAAUUUACACCUGACCCAGCAGGCACUCCUGAAUAAUCUCUUAGGGUACCCCGGCGCUGAUAAAGUUCCCGUUCCUGGUCACCCUUACUUCAUGGGUUACCCACCGCUGCCAACACAGUCCCAUCUUGUACCAAACAGCUUCAACAAACACAACCCCACCACAAGAACGGGCAGUGGCGGAACGAGCCCCAACGGUUCAGCAGUUUCAACCGAUGAUUGGCUGAAGCAUUACACUUCGAGUGUCAGCCCAGACAAACAUGGCCAUGCCAAAUACCCCGGCAGACAUGUGAUCAAGAUGAAACGAGAUCCCAACGAGAGAGCAGAUAGCGAGAUCAGUGACGGUAGCGACGUGUCCAAUGUUAGCACUCCGACAGGCAGUGACCUGGACUCGACCUCUGGCAGUGACCUCGACUCGGACAGCGAAGAGAACACAGAAAACAAGGCCCAUCGGAAAAUCGCCCACCGGCACAGCAACGGCAGAAACGUUCAGAUGAACCACCACCAGACUCAUCAGAGGAACGAGAGAAGACCAGAGAACCGAAUCGCACCCAGCGAACCAAUGAAAGCCAUAGCCUCGAUCGCCGAGAAGUAUUUCGGUGGUGCCCAUCCUGAGAAUGGUCUGCUGACAUCUGAGGUCAGAAGUAAUGGCCAUAAUACCGAAGAGAGGAUUCAUCGUGAGAGUAGCUUCCGAUGUUCAGAGAGUGAGGGUGUCAUACUGCAAGAGUCACCCUUCGAUCUGUCCAAAAGGAGAUCAGGAACUACCAAGCUGCCGUCGCGCACAACAGGGGAGGAGCUGCCGUUAGAUCUGAGCAUGCCACGACGUAAACGGUUGACGCCCAUCUCAGAUGAGCCAAUCAAGAAGUCUCACAGCCCACCUAAUCACCAUAGCAACCCACGCGAUAAGAUGGCGGAGCCCACCAAGGUAGCGUCCAACCUCUAUGCAAAACCGAUCCCUCUUGUCAUGCCGGAUCCGAUAUACAGGGUGAACGGAGACAUCAUCCCAAACAAGUUCAUGCGCAUGGAUUACAACCACCUCUUUCCCAAUACCGCCUUUCAAAACUUCAGGAAAUUCGAACAUUACCACAUGGAGAAAGGGUUGGCCAAGACCGGCAUUAGUCCACCCCACCGUAACUACCCCAGCAAUGUGUUGUAUCCCAACGGGGGAGAGAAGAUGCUCAUGAGAAGCAAAGAUCGCUACACCUGCAAAUAUUGCGGGAAACUGUUUCCCCGCUCUGCGAAUCUCACCCGCCAUCUGCGCACCCACACCGGAGAGCAGCCAUACUCCUGCAAAUACUGCGAUCGUUCUUUCAGCAUCUCCUCCAACCUCCAGCGCCACGUUCGCAACAUCCACAACAAGGAGAAGCCAUUUAAAUGCCCGCUGUGCGAGCGCUGUUUCGGUCAGCAGACAAACCUCGAUCGACACCUGAAGAAGCACGAGAACGAGCGAGCUGAGGAGAUCGCCCUAUCGGCUGCCGCCGAACAUGACGUCAUCGUAGCGGCUCGUCUGAUGGCCAAGACAAAGGCUCUCAAGGAACCCAAUGACUUAAAUGAAAAAGACGAGUCUUACUUUGAUGAGAUUAAGAACUUCAUCGAUGACGCUAAAGAGAAAGAGGCAUUGAGGCGAAAAUUGAUUGCGAUGGAAGCCACAGCAGCCAUUGCUUCCAAACAGGUCCAGAGCCCUUCUGUCUGCAGCUCAUCAACUGAGAUGAAAGAAGACGAGUCAAAGCCAGAAAAGAUGGAGUAUGACAAAGAGAUGCUGGAAGAAGGAGAAAGUGAUGUGGACAGAGAGAUGGAAGACAUCGACAAGGAGGAAGACAUCCCUGAGACGGAAGAGCUCAGAAAUGGAUCCGAGGAGAACCAAGAGGUUGUCGAGCCACUCGUCGUCAGAGAGAAGAAAAUCUGCCAAAACGAGGACAUGUAUGACAGCAUGAAUGAAAGCGAAGAACUCAGCGACGGGGAAGAAGGUGAUAAGACCCCAAGUGUUACCUCGGAGGAGGACCCCACAAUGGAUGAAGGCACGCCGGAGGAUACGCCGAUCAACUUCGGCCUGGCCAAGACCACAGCAACAUUCCCACACGACGAGGAAGACCUUCAGGACGUCGACAUCCUGAGAGAAGGAAGAACCAACCUCAGCCGCCAUUCCAAGCUUCAAGCUUACUCCCUGAUGAUGGCACUCUCAGAUGACGAGACCCGUCGAGGAGACGGCGUGCGGAGGUCGUUGCAUGCUGCUCAUCACGCUCCAGUGCACACUGCCACACCGGUUUGAUCCAGUCACACCACUGCCGUGACUGGUCGAUCCAGACGCGACUGGUUUGAUCAAGUCGUUGCUGGUUCCCUCAAGAAUUUGUUUUCAGACCAGUCACUUCAGGCAUUUUGAUGUUCUGCAGUUUCAACAUGCUCAAGCAAGUACCUAAGUUCCCUCUAAUGUAUUUUUAUAUUUUUAUUUGAAGUUUGGUAUUCUCUAUGAAACCUGCUUAGCAUUUUGGUAAGCAUAAUUUAAGAAAAAAUGGGCCCAAUCUCUUAAAGCCGUCAAGCAGAAAAUACUGCUUAGCAAAUUUUUUGCUGAUCAGAAAAAUGAGCGGGGCACCAGUCUUAACAAUGUAAAUUUGAUGGGAUUUUAGCUGGGAACCUGUUUCUGCUAAGCAAGGUCUGUCUGUGCCUGUGCUAAUGAGCUUUACAAAAUUGCGCCCAAUUUUUAAGCAUAUUGGCUCAAAACAUUAACGACCCACCCAAAUUUUGUUUUUAAUUUGAUAAAAACCACCGAUGAUAUAGGCACCAUGGACAGCUGAUGUGUUCGCCCACCUGAAAAUUCUAUGCCUACUGCUGAUCAAUAAUAUAAUAUUGAUUGAUCGUUUUCCAAUGAUCCAUAGAUUUAUUGAUAAUCCACCAAAUGUAUAUUCAAGUUUAAUCAAGAGGAUGGAGAGAAGAUGUAAAUUAUGGUUGAUUUAUGAGGAAUCAAUUUAAAGGUGACCAAUAAUUUUGUAGUUUGUUUUGCUACUGUUAUUGGUGAACUUGUUUUAAGUAUAAAUUAUUACUUAUUGUAAAUAUUAUCAGAACGAAAUUAGUAUGUUAGCGAAUCGAUCAAGCCGCAAGUAAGAAACAAAAAAUUUAUUUAAUUAAUUGCGCUUAGACAUUUUUGUUUUACAACACGAUACAACGAGAAUUAUUAGUAACGUUAUAGCAGUAAUUUUAUUUGAUUAGUUUUAAUGAUUUUCAAUGCAGAUGAUUUUAUUUUAAAAGCUUUUAGUUGAAAUAUUAUUUGUUAUGUAGUUUGUAUUUUCAAUUUGCACCGUUUGAUUUUUGAAAUGAAAAGUUGUAAAGCUUCUUGGCGCCGAGUCUAAGUUAGAGUGUAGGAUCCGUCAGAUAAAUUGGGUAAAAAAAUUAGCUUUCAGAUAAGAGAACGUUAUUUGGUAUAAGGUCAUCAAGAGUUGGGCUCAAUUUCACAAAGAGCUAAGAUAAGCUAUGUAAUCGUAACUGAUAAGCAAAGGGUGUCACAAUGCAAAUCGCUGUGGCGAUAUUGACAACCGAUCUUAAGACAAAACAUGGUAUUUUUGUGAUCUGGAGCUAUCAAGGAGUUUAAAUGUGUCAGUGCCAAAAGUAUAGUUUUCGGUGUUAGAAUUUGACCGCGUUGUAAAAUAAGCAUAUUGGCUCAAAACAUUUAAAAUAAGCACCGGGGUCCUAUCAAGAAGCUGCUCAGCGUGUUGUUCCCUGCUUAGGGAAUUUGCAAAGUUAAGAACAAAAACUUACGAUGGGUUUUCAAAUUGAAAUUGGGAAUUUUUCGGCUGUGGAUAUGUUGUCAGCUUAGGGUGUUUUGUUGGUCAUAUGUUGUUAGUCGUUCAAAAGUUGGUUAUGAACUACAAUUUAAUGAAAUUGGGACAAAUGAACUUGUGGUUGCUAUUGGGGUGUGGCACAAGCAUUUGUUGCAAAUAGCUAAAAAAUGCUGCUACAGUGCUGCGCCUGCCAUAAUCAAAUGCAAAAAAAUAACAAUUUGUUAAAGUACAGUAUGAGAGUAUGGCCAGAUUUUACAGGGUACAGAUAGGAAAAGUGAUUGAAAAUAGACUUUGGCUUAAAGUCAGGUCAUGAUGAAUUACUAAGUCGAAGGAAGAAGAACAAGCUGAGCUUCAGAGACUUUCGUUCAAUGGAUCAAGUUCCCUGAUAACCAUGGAAAUGAGUCAUACAAAUAAGACGGUGUACGGUAUAAGUCGUCGUACCAAUCGGUAUGGACUUGCUUCAAGCUCGCAGUCAAAACAAAAAAAUGACAAUUAUUUGCGUUUUAUUUCCGAGUAUAUCAGGGAGGUCUGUUCAGAGCAAAAAUCGUACUGAGGUUGCAGAGUUGUUCUUUUGAUAAUUAAAUGUAUUCCUUUAAAAAAAAAUUGUAAAAAAAAAUUGAGUGUUUUCUAGAGUUCUUAAGGCCAAAGAAGGUAUACAGAUUUUUUCUCAGCAUUACUUACUACUAUAAAGGAAGAGAGUGGAGAAAAAAGAUAACCUGGUUUUUAUUCAGAGAGUUUUGUCUUUAGUGUGAUGUAAAAAGUAAUUUAAUUGUAAAUAUGCUGUGUGGCACAGUUGAGAUUUUUCUACCAUGUUAAUGUAAAAAUGACACGUAGUCGUAUUGUUACAUUUACGGCGGAUUCUCUGGUACUGUUAGGGGAAUAUCCUUUUUUAGGGGAGGGGGGGGGGCGGGUAG